UGCUGGUUGUAGGGUUAUAGAAAGUGAGUAGGUAGAAAUUAAGAGAGACCAGUUGAAGACAUUUGUAGCGUGGUUUAAAGGUUGUUUUUGAACCCUUUUCAUUUUUUGUUUGGCAUUAUUAUUUUUAAUAGACAUUUAAUUACAUUAUUUGGCAGGCAUGGUAGACAGUGUUUACAGGACUCGUUCUCUGGGGGUUGCAGCUGUUGGUCUGCCGGAUCAGUAUGCUGACGGGAAGGCAGCGAAAGUGUGGCAGCUGUAUAUCGGAGACACCCAGAGCCGGACCGCCGAAUACAAAAGCUGGGUGCUGUCGCUUCUGAACAAACACGGCUGUCAGGGAGUGCUGGAUGUAGCAUGCGGCACAGGGGUGGAUUCCAUCAUGCUGGUGGAGGAAGGUUUCACGGUGACGAGUGUUGAUGCCAGUGACAAGAUGUUGAAGUACGCCCUCAAAGCCAGGUGGGAGAGAAGAAAAGAAGAAUCAUUCGAUAAAUGGGUGAUUGAGGAGGCUAACUGGCUGACUUUGCCUAAAGAUGUGCAGAAGCCAGGCACAGGCUUUGAUGCUGUUAUUUGCUUAGGAAAUUCAUUCUCCCAUUUACCAGAUUUCAAAGGUGACCAAAGUGACCAGAAGUUGGCACUCAAAAAUAUUGCCAGCAUGGUGAAGCCAGGCGGUAUUCUGAUUAUUGACCACAGGAAUUACGACCACAUGCUGAACACAGGCAGAGCUCCUCCAGGCAAGAACAUUUACUACAAGAGUGACCUGACCCAGGACAUCACCACCUCAGUGCUGCUGGUGGACAACAAACCACACAUGAUCACCCUGGACUACACCGUGCAGGUGCCACCAGAGCAGGGCGAGGAGGGCUGCCCAGAACUGAGUAAGUUCCGCCUGUCCUACUAUCCACACCAGGUGGACAGCUUCAAGGAGCUGCUGAGGAACGCCUUCCAGGGGAAGUGCGAGCAGAGCGUCUACGGAGACUUUAAGAGCUACACCCCCGGUCAGGACACCGUGCCCUGCUACUUCAUCCACGUGGUCAAGAAGACCGCCUAGACCAGGAGGCAGGCAGGCAGACAGACAGACAGACACCUUUCUCUUACUCUCUGAAUAAUUCUAUCCAUCUGUACAUAUUCUGAUGUCUGUCAGCUAUUGUGGGCUAACGAGCUCAAGCCCUGAGGUAAAACUAUUAGAAACCAUCGGGUUGAUUUUACAACCUCUACAGGUCAUUAUACACCACUGAGAAAUCAUCCUUGAUUAUAUCAACCACCUAUCUGUGGUUAUCCUGGGAUUACCCUUAAAAUAAUUGGUUUAUACCAUUCAGUGCACUUGCCCCAGUGUCAAAUAAUUCAGCUAAUGCUUUCAUCAGUAUUGGCUGAAAAUGUUUGUGUCUUACAGUUCUUCCUCUGGAUUUAUGAUUCAGUUGCAUGUCAAGAGCUUUAUUAUAGUAAUGUGUUGUGUAUCCAAAGAGAUUCUCGUCUUGCUAACAGCAGUUGAACUGCAUUGCAACUGCAUGAUUACUGCAAAUCAAUCGACGAUGCAGUGCUUAAAAAAUGCAGUUGUCGUGGCUAACAGCACCCACAACAAUAGAUGAUUCACUGAUACAACACUUUCCAUUCAUAAGGGAUGGGAUUGAUUGUGAAAAUUGGCUUUGUUGACAGUACUGAGUUUAACAUUUCAGCCCUUUGCAUUAUGAGCAACACUGCCAACUAGAGGAUUAAAGCUGUAACAUAAACUAGAUAUUUGAUUUUACAUGGGUCAAAUAUUGUCCUCAAAUUCCACUUGGUGGGGGAGAAGGAGGAUUUGCAUUCUUCCAACAUUUUUGGGGGGGUUAAGUGGGGGAUGAGAUGGAUAUUAAAGCAAAGAUAAAAAAUAAUGUUGAUGUUAAUGUCCUGCAACACCUUAAAAUAAAUAAAUAAAUAAAAAUACAUGUAUGCAUGAAAUUAAUUUAAUUCAGAGAAAUAUAUUGUAUUGGCAAACUGAAAUCUGAACCAGUAUGUGUGUAUGUAUGUAUGUAUGUAUAUAUAUAUAUAUAUAUAUAUAUAUAUAUAUAUAUAUAUAUAUAUAUAUAAACAAUAAAGUUUGUCUGUCUGUUCCUUUAUGCAUUCAGACCCCGCAGGAGCCAGUGCAACCAAACUUUGCAUGGCCUCCUCUUUCAUCCAGGGGAAGGUCGAGGGCUAUGUUUGGAUCCAAAAUUUUGACCCCCGGGGUACUUUAUUUAGUAAACCCAUUGCUGGGGUACAGUAGCCAUGUAUCUCAAAUUAAAGAAACCCACAAAACCAAAAAAUAAAUAAAAAUAACAAACAUUUAAAAAAAAUAAAAAAUGGCAAAAACCAAAAAAAAAAAAAAAGUUUUAAAAAAGGGAAAGGGGACACCCAAGAUCGGUAACUUAUAGGAAACCAUAAGACUACCGUUCCCCAAUUUGUCAUGCAUGAAAUAUUGAAUUUCCCUGGGCAACGCCGAAUACUUUACCUAGUAUAUGUAUAUAAAAUUCUGCCACUAAUCACAGAACGUCUUACCAGAUUUAUAAAACCUGUCAGCGCAGCUGGAGAGCUAUAGAGGCUAAUAUUGACAUGAUACACUAACACAUAGCCUCCACCUCCAAAUACACAAUGCAAACCACUAUGCUACAAGAAACCACUGUCAUUAAGACUAUAAUUGUCUCAAGAGUCUCAUUUGAGGUUCUCCAUGCUGAUUUAGUGGCUGACGAUAUCAUUUUUUCUGGGCUCUAGCUGUUUGUUUGUAUAAUUACAAAGUAACAGUUUAAAAAGAAUCACAAAUAAGCUGUUAAGAUUUUUUUUUUUUUUUAAACUUGGAGAAUACCCAUUCACACGUAUCUUUUUGGCUUGAAGACUAUUAAGUAAGUUGUCAUCUCAUGAUAAAUGAUAACCAGACAAGGUAUUUAGUUAUAGUUUGCAUUUUGCUCAAGUGCUUGUCUGAAUGUUACUUUUGUCUGUGCGCCGCAGUCAUUAUUCUGAUGGGUCCUUCCUUUUCUUGCUCCAAACACAGAUUCAUUUCACUCGCCUUGUUGCAGACAAUCAAACCCACAGCUUCAACAGCUAGCCAGGCCUGCCACUAACCCCUCACAAGCUUUCCAUGUCCAGUUGUCGUAGCAAAUACGCAGUUUUAUAAAAUAUGUAGUUAAACCCUAACCUCAAACAAAAGGAGAAACAGAAUACAAGUUACAGAGCUGGCAAAAAACAACUAAGGUGCACAAAGGAGCUCUUAACCUCCUGGGUUAUUUAUUUGAUUGUGUUAUGUUAAGUAUCCUAUUGUAGACCAUUCCCAGACCCCUCCUCAAAGCCAGUAAAACCACUUGGGAUCUCUGGAGCUUACUGUUAGUUGUGAUGUGAUUCAUUUCUUAUAAAUACCAGUCCCUUUCUCUUAUACACUGGCAAUGAAACAAGAUGAAACAUUCCCACUGUAGUUUUGCAAAGUUUGACGUGGUUUGAACGUUUUUUUCAUUUGUAUACUAUGCUUUUGGAGAAAGGCAGAUUUCAGUCUUUCAAUUGAUGUAUUUCCUGCUUCCCUGCUUUGUGUACUAAACUUCAAUGCAGAGUAUAGUUCAACGUGUCUGCAUCAUGACACCUUACAGACAAUCCUACUUGUACCAUCACCAUUAGGCCACAUGCAAGACGAUUCUUGAUAAAUAACCAAAUAAAAAAUGGAAACCUCUUUUAAUGGGUCAUUUUACCUUUUUAUUAUUAUUUUGAGGAUGGAUUGGGAAAAAAAUGUAUUUAAUAUAUAUUUUUUUUCUUUUUAGAAAUUGUAAUUGUUUCAGGUACUUUUGAUAACGCUGCUAUGAAAAUGACAAGUAUGUGUUGUAUAAAUACAUUUAUGAAACCCAUUUCAAAGACUGCUUGGAUAUGUUGGUUUUAUUAAAACAUAUUAUUUACAAAUCAUUAUUCUGUUUGGAAGCUAUCAAUUUAAUAAAGGCAAAUGCAUUCUGAAGAA